AGUAACAGUUGAUUGUAAUGUCAGUGCAGUCCAAUUUACAGGCUGGAGCAGCAGCUGCAUUCUGCAUUUCCCUGAAGUAUUCCAUGACUUCCACUCCUUGCAAACUUUAUCAUCUUUUGUUGCAGUGAGUCAGAAAUCAAUAUGCAGAGCAAGGGUACAAUCAUAAGCAUCCAAUUUCUCUUGCGGUUUCUUCUGCUCUGGGUGCUCAUUGGGAAGUCACACACAGAAGAAGACAUCAUAAUUACAACCAAGAAUGGAAAAGUCAGAGGGAUGAACUUGCCAGUUCUUGAUGGCACGGUGACAGCCUUUCUGGGAAUUCCCUAUGCACAGCCACCUCUUGGUAGACUUCGAUUCAAAAAGCCACAAUUCUUGACCAAGUGGUCCGAUAUUUGGAAUGCCACAAAAUAUGCAAAUUCUUGCUAUCAGAAUGCAGAUCAAAGUUUCCCAGGCUUCCCUGGAUCAGAGAUGUGGAACCCAAACACUGAUCUCAGUGAAGACUGUUUAUACCUGAAUGUGUGGAUUCCAACACCUAAACCAAAAAAUGCUACUGUAAUGAUAUGGAUCUAUGGUGGUGGUUUUCAAACCGGAACAUCAUCUUUACCUGUUUAUGAUGGCAAGUUUCUGGCUCGGGUUGAAAGGGUUAUUGUAGUUUCAAUGAACUAUAGGGUGGGUGCCCUAGGAUUCUUAGCUUUACCAGGAAAUCCUGAGGUACCAGGGAACAUGGGCUUAUUUGAUCAACAGUUGGCACUACAGUGGGUCCAAAAAAAUAUAGCAGCCUUUGGUGGAAAUCCUAAAAGCGUAACUCUCUUUGGAGAAAGUGCAGGGGCGGGUUCAGUUAGCCUUCAUUUACUUUCUCCUAGAAGCCAGCCAUUGUUUACCAGAGCCAUUCUGCAAAGUGGAUCCUCUAAUGCCCCUUGGGCAGUAAUGUCUCUGGAUGAAGCCAAGAACAGAACACUGACCUUAGCUAAAUUUAUUGGUUGCUCUAAAGAAAAUGACACAGAGAUAAUCAAAUGCCUUCGAAACAAAGAUCCCCAGGAAAUUCUACUGAAUGAACUAUUGGUUAUCCCCUCUGAUACUCUUUUAUCUGUAAACUUUGGUCCAGUCGUGGAUGGUGAUUUUCUCACUGAUAUGCCAGACACACUACUCCAACUUGGACAGUUCAAAAAAACCCAGAUCUUGGUGGGUGUUAAUAAAGAUGAAGGGACAGCAUUUUUAGUAUAUGGUGCUCCUGGUUUCAGCAAAGAUAAUGACAGUAUCAUAACUAGAAAAGAAUUUCAAGAAGGUUUAAAAAUAUAUUUUCCAGGAGUGAGUGAAUUUGGAAGGGAAGCGAUUCUUUUUUAUUAUGUGGACUUGUUAGAUGAUCAGAGAGCUGAAAAGUACCGUGAGGCCUUGGAUGAUGUUCUUGGGGAUUACAAUAUCAUAUGCCCUGCAUUGGAGUUCACCACAAAAUUCUCAGAAUUGGGAAAUAAUGCCUUUUUCUACUAUUUUGAACACCGAUCUUCCCAACUUCCUUGGCCAGAAUGGAUGGGAGUGAUGCAUGGUUAUGAAAUUGAGUUUGUCUUUGGUUUGCCUCUGGAAAGAAGAGUUAACUACACAAGAGCUGAGGAAAUUUUGAGCAGAUCCAUCAUGAACUACUGGGCAAAUUUUGCAAAAUAUGGAAAUCCAAAUGGAACCCAGAACAACAGCACACGAUGGCCUGCCUUCAGAAGCACCGAUCAAAAAUAUUUAACCUUGAAUGCAGAGUCACCAAAAGUAUACACUAAACUACGCGCUCAACAAUGCCGAUUCUGGACACUAUUUUUUCCCAAAGUCUUGGAAAUGACAGGAAAUAUUGAUGAAGCAGAACGAGAAUGGAGAGCAGGAUUCUAUCGCUGGAACAAUUACAUGAUGGACUGGAAAAAUCAAUUUAAUGAUUAUACUAGCAAGAAAGAAAGCUGUGCAGGUCUCUAAUUAAUAGAUUUACCCUUUAUAGAAUGUUCAUUUUCCUAUAGAUCAAGGUAAAAAUAUCACUAGCUCUCUUACACACCAUGUAAGAAAGCUAUUAUACUGCUGAAACAAAAAUGCCAGAAGGAUAAUAUCGAUUCCUCACAUCUUUCACUUAGUAUUAUACCUAGCAUUUCAAAACCCAAAUGGCUAGAAUAUGUUUAAUUAAAUUUCACAAUAUAAAGUUUGACAAUUAAUUUUAUGCAUAUUAAAAUGAUUUGUAGCUUCAAACUCUCUUUCCUGAAUAACCUUAAGAAUUUUUUCUCUCAAAAAAUACCUGUAUUCUAUUUUUAGUUGCAUAUGUAUGUUUAUGACCACUCAUAAAAAAGGUAUCUUUUUAAAAUGAACUAGGUCUUGAGGGGCACCUAAGUGGCUCAGUCAGUUAAGCAUCUGGGUUAGGAGAAUUCUUGCCUGGACCCAGAAAUAUUAGGAUUUUCAAAAGGAAAUUGUUUAAUUCCAGGAAAGAAAUUGUUGUACUUUCUAUAGACAAAUGAUAGUAUUAUUAUAAUUUAAAAAAUUACAAAACUGCAUUUACUAACUGGCAUGGCAACUAAAGACAUCCAUGAAUAAAUUAAUCGAGUAGUUCAGUAAAGAAGAGAAGUCAGAGACUUUAAGUUCCAGAAAAGGGCAGUGCAAGUUGAUUGUGUUAAUUAAGCAUUGAAAACUGACACCCAGGAUAGGACAAAGUGAGUUCGUAGAUCUGUAGACUGUUGAUUAAAGCAUGUCUCAUUGUUCAUUGGCCAUAAGGAUGUUCAUAGUUAGAGACAGUGUGGUUUUGCCAUCCUCACUCAAGGUCAUUCAGAGUUCAGGCUACCUUAUCAUCUUCAGCUGGUUAGAGGGAGUUAUACAAGUCAAGUCAGUUUUGAUAAUCACUCCAGUGCUGCUGUAAAUGGAUAUUUUUGCUUUAUAGUUCUUCCUUCAUCCUGUGAUGGAAGGAAGGAAAGGAAAGGAAGGAAGGAAAAAAAAAUACCACAAAUAAUAGGUGAAUGAGCAGGCAUUUCAUUCCACACCACCAUCUUUGUUUUGGGUGCCAUUCUUCCAUUAUGUUUUUCUGAAUCAUUUGAGCCUCCUUUUGAUGUAGAACCCUCUGAGAUAUGAAAUGAGAUGAUGCCUGUUCAACAUCAUUAAAGACCCUUUAAAGAUACUCUUGAUGAGACCAAUGAUUAGGAAAACAUGAUUAUGUUUAUAGAAUACCUGUAACCUGCCUUAAAUGACAUGCUCCAGUCAUCUGAAAAGAUCACGUAGAUCACUUUGUCCUACCUUGGACAAUCAAUUGAUUUGUUCUUGAAUUUUAUUGACACAAGCCUUGACUUACUCUGAAACUUUUACCUAAAUGCAACAAGGAGAGUCAACCAGCACAUAAACUCCUUCGUGUUUGCUCUGUAAAUAAACUAUUAUGAAUCCACUGUGUCUAGCACCAUUGCCGGAAGUUAGGUUAAGGCUUUUGGAGAAAACACUGUGUAGCAGCGUCUAUACAAUUUCUCUUACUAUGAAUGCCAUUUAAAAGGCAGUUUCAGUGCAGUAUUUUAAUCCAGGGACCCCAAGCCAAGGGAGAAACUUCUGCAUAAAAUAAUGGAAACUAAUUCUUCUGAAUAGAUCUUGCAGAUUUACAUUUCAGCAGGCUCAUAGAUGAAAAAAGUUUUGAUUGUCUCAGAUACUAACAGUACAGAAGUAUUAAAACCUCAAAAUGGCAUAAACCCUUCCCAGAAGCAGAGUAUGGGCAGAUAUUAGCAUAAAUUCACAAAGCCAUGGAGGUUAUCACCUAAUUCUGGUGAAAUUUUAAGGUACAUUUUUCAAAAGUAUGAGGGAAAAUUAUGUCUAAGGUCACAACUGAACAACUGGAAUUAUUCCAACCAGUAUCACAAGACUCAGCUUGAUCAAUUAUUUAAGUGAAAACAUUAUUUCUUGUGGUGUGGAACUCUCCACAAGAUUUUGCAUUAUAAGGUUUAUUACAAAUUGAUCAUCAUUUAUGGUUUGGUAUCCAUGUAAUACGUAUAAGGAUUAAGGUAACAAGUCACAUACCUUAAAAAAAUACCAUUAUAACUGAUUUUGUUUCUCAAGUAAGUUGGCUGCUGAACAUUAUUAGCAUGAAAGCAAGGUAAUUAGUUUCUGACCAAUCAGAAAUUAAAUUUCAUGGAUAAAUCUUAACGUAGUUGCAGCUGUGACAUUUUUAGCAGAAUAUUCAAAUAAAUGGGACCUUCCUGACAUUGCUAAAGAAAGGACAGACUCAUCAGCUAGUAAAAUUCUUGUUGUGCCUGUAGCCUUACUGAAUUGAGCAAAAGUAUUCUCUUUACAAAGAGUUUGUUUUAAAAUGAGGAUGGUAAGAGUG